AUGUGUGAACAAGAAUGCAAGCACGAAGACACCAUGUGCAACGUGCCAUAUCGAAGUGCUGUCGGAGGCAUCAUGUAUCUCAUGGUCGCCACACGUCCGGAUCUAGCUGCUGCAGUGGGAUCAUUAUCCCAGUUCUCGUCCGACCCAUGCCCGACUCACUGGCAAGCUUUGAAGCGUGUGCUGAGAUACCUGCAAGCAACGCCCAACCAUGGUCUUGAGUUUACAUGUCAAGAAGGAAGCCGUAUCUGCGGGUACACCGACGCAGACUGGGCCGGCGACAUUGAGUCAAGACGAAGUACAAGCGGCUAUGUGUUCAUGAUGAGCGGAGGAUGCAUCAGCUGGAAAAGCCAGAAACAACGGACGGUCGCGCUAUCUUCAACAGAAGCAGAAUACAUGGCGCUUUCCGAAGCAACCAAAGAAGCAGUAUGGCUCAAGGUGCUUUUGGGGAACUUGGUGAGAUGA